AGCGCGGCCCGUGCAGCAGCAAACGGUAGCGGCCGGGGGCGGUAGUUUGGUUGUCGUUAAUUUCUGUGGUUGUUGGUUGCCGAGUUGUCUCACCAUGAAGGAGAACGGUGCACACUUCUUCGAAGGGACCGAGAAGCUGUUGGAGGUGUGGUUCGCCCGGCAGCAGCCCUCACAGCAGGAGCCGCACCAGAGCAAGGGGUCCGGCGAUCUUCGCACCAUACCCAGGAUUGAGUGGGACAAACUUCUGGAGAAUGUGCAUUGUUUGAUCAUAAGUGUGACAAAAACUGACAAGCAGGAAGCUUAUGUACUCAGUGAGAGUAGCAUGUUUGUCUCCAAGAGACGUUUCAUUUUGAAGACAUGUGGUACCACCCUCUUACUGCAAGCACUGGUUCCCCUGUUGGAGCUUGCUAGGGAGUACAGUGGGUUUGACUCAAUUCAGAGCUUCUUUUAUUCACGUAAGAAUUUCAUGAAGCCUUCCCACCAGGAGUACCCACAUAGGAAUUUCCAGGAAGAAGUUGAGUUUCUGAAUGAAAUUUUCCCAAAUGGAGCAGCUUAUUGCAUGGGGCGUAUGAACUCUGAUUGCUGGUACCUGUACACUCUGGAUUUCCCAGAGAGUCGGAUAUCCAAUCAGCCUGAUCAGACACUGGAAAUUCUGAUGAGUGAGCUUGACCCAGUAGUGAUGGACCAGUUCUACAUGAAAGAUGGUGUUACUGCAAAUGAUGUCACUCGUAUGAGUGGAAUUCGUGACCUGAUACCAGGUUCUGUUAUUGAUGCUACAAUGUUCAAUCCUUGUGGGUAUUCAAUGAAUGGGAUGAAAUCGGAUGGAACUUACUGGACUAUUCACAUCACUCCAGAACCAGAGUUUUCUUAUGUUAGUUUUGAAACCAACAUAAGUCAGACCUCUUAUGAUGACCUGAUUAGAAAAGUUGUGGAGGUUUUCAAGCCAGGAAAAUUUGUGACAACCCUCUUUGUUAAUCAGAGCUCUAAAUGUCGUACAGUGUUUUCUUCUGCCCAGAAGAUUGAAGGGUUUCAACGCCUCGAUCACCAGAUUGCCCAGUUCAGUGAUUAUAAUUUUGUUUUCACCAGUUUCACAAAGAAUCGCCAGCAGCAGCACAGUUGAUUAAUAAUGAAGAAAAAGCGCAAAAAGAAAUCCCAUAGAGAAGGUGGUGGUUGCUUUCUAGUUAAUGAUUCAGGGGGCCAUGCUUUCCACUCCCACCACCUCGUAGUUGUGGAAAGCCCUAGGUGUAAUCAUAGUAUAACCAUUUUGAAUUGUAUGCAUUAUUAUAUCAAGGAGUUAGAUAUCUUGCAUGAAUGCUCUCUUCUGUGUUUAGGUACUCUAUGCCACUCUUGCUGUGAAAUUGAAGUGCAUGUAGAAAAAUCUUACUGUAUGAAAAUUUACAACACAUGUAAAAAGGAUUCAGGUAGAAUUAAACACAGUAUAGUUUUUCUCCAGGUAUCACCAAAAAUUCCUCACAGACAAGGCUUUCGUCCUCAUUAGACUUAGCCUAAACCUACUCACUGGGGACAGUUCUCUUAAAUUGUCACUUCUUCUUUGCAUCUAUGUUGUGGUUUCAGUCUAAACCAAUUUUGGACAAACUUUGUAUGAUUUCUAAUGAAACUGAUUCCUGAUUAACACUUUAAUGUUUGAAGAAAAUUCUUAAAACAGUUACAAAUUGUUUUGCUACUACAGGUGGUGGAUUUAUUUUUAAGUCAGACUGAUUUUUUUUCUUCCCCAUGCUCUAGGAAUUUGCUCAGCUAUACUAUGGCCCUAGGCUAAUGCAUUGCUCUUUCACCCUCAGAAACCCGAGUAUCAAUACUAAUGCAGGUUAAAUUUCAUCCUAAUGCUCACUUAUCUGUCCUCAUUCCCAAGCUGUCACACUGUUUGUUGUACAAUGACAGAAUUUGAAGAAGGUCCAAGACUCAGUAGGAGUAGAGCUGAGUCAGGAUGCAAGUGCUUUGGCACAGUGGUGUGACAGCUAGGCAAAGUGCAAGUUUGUAUUGGCACCAGAUGUUUUCUUUCCCAGUCACCAGUUAUGUCAGACUAAGAAGCUGGUGCUCUUGGGCACUAGCAGGUAGAUCUAGUGAAGGAGUGGAAUUUGCCAGUUUGGGUGUGUUGACUGAUUGGUUUGGGUUAUUCUCAAGUGAAACCUGUGACCUACCACUUCUAACUGUAAAGAGUGCUUCUAAACUGGUCCAGUGUCACCUCAUUUUGUUGUUCCAAGCAAAGCUAAUGCCUCUAUCUUGUGACAGUCCUGUGACGUUGUGCAUGUGACUUACAUUGUAUUUGAGUGUUGUGACUUCAUCUGUUUUUUCCCUCUGAAAUAAGGUGGUUCCUCUUACUGUGACUUGAGGGCAUUAAGUGAAGGCAUAGAACAAGAACUGUCUGGGACACCUGGACAGCAGUGAAGUAGAAUGCUAUUCAUAAAGCAUGAAUGUGUAAUUCAAAGUCACUUUAAUGGGUAUUGACUGAAAUGCUGGCAGACUUUCAGCUGUGUUUGCAAAUACUGGGAUUUUAACAGCUGUGAGACCAGCAUGUUAACUAACAAAAUUGAGAUGAUUUUUCUCCCUCUUGUCCUUGCAGUGUUUUGACUUUCUGGUUUGACACAAUGUGGUGGGUUUUUUUUUUGUUCCUUCUGUAUUUAUAAAUGAAGCACUUUUUUGGUGCUUAUUAACUGAAGUCUGCUUGGUUAGAAAUCAAGUGGUUGGAACAUUCUGGGUUUUUUUAUGUUAAGCAUAUUGUUGAUGUUCUCUACCGAUGUUAUCAGUGACAUGCUGUAAAUGGCACUAAUGCUUUUUGGUGUUAAUACUGAGGACCAAGAUUUCAGUUUUUACUUUGGAUGUUUCUUUAUUUUGUUCUAAACCAUUGUCCCAACUGAUCUGACGUUUGUUGGCUUGAAGUCCUUUAAGUAGACUGAAGAUCCCUUUUCAAGUAAUACUGAAAUACACAUUUUUACAGAUAGAAGCAUAAGCCUCAGCUAUAAAAAUGAAAGCUGUUGAAUGGAUUAUUGGACUAUCUAGGGUGACCAGGAUGGGGGGGAGUAUGAUGUUUAUCAUUUCUGUGGUGUUAGACUUUGAUCAUUUAAAAAUAUCUGUACCACAACUUAAUGCUUCAAUAAAAGUUCGCUUAAAUUGUU